GAGUAGGCACAUUGAAGUCCGGCCUUUUUCGCCCAGGGAUGCGGCCGAGUUGGGCCUUGAGCCGGCAGGUUUCCGAGGCUCGGUUCCCCGGGAAGCGGUGGCUGGUGGCUGGCCUGGGGAACCCCGGAAUGCCCGGAACCCGGCACAGUGUGGGCAUGGCGGUGCUGGGGCAAAUAGCACAGCGACUGGGAGUGGCGGAGAACUGGGCUCGUGACUCGCGCUGCGCUGCCGACCUCGCCCUGGCCCCGCUCGGGGAUGCUCAGCUGGUACUGCUCCGGCCACGGCGCCUCAUGAACGUCAACGGGCGCAGCGUAGCCCAAGCUGCGGAGCUGUUUGGGCUGUCUGCCGAGGAGAUCUAUCUGGUGCAUGAUGAACUGGACAAGCCUUUGGGAAAGCUGGCUCUGAAGCUGGGGGGCAGCGCAAGGGGCCAUAAUGGAGUCCGUUCCUGCAUUAGCUGUCUGAACUCCAAUGCAAUGCCAAGGCUGCUGGUGGGCAUCGGGCGCCCCACACACCCUAAUAUGGUGGAGACCCAUGUUCUGGGCUGCUUCUCCCCGGAGGAGCAGGAACUACUGUCCCCAUUGAUGGACCAGGCCACUGACCUGCUCCUGGACCACAUCCGUGCUCGAAGCUAGGGACCAUUGUCAGGCCUCUAAUACCAGUGGAUAUAUCUACCUGUUUGACUGCCUGCAGGUGCCCUGAAGCCACAGAACUGCAAUGACACAUGUGGUACCCAAUGUUUAUGUAACUUCUCUGGGUUGCCCCAGGCCACUUGCAGAUUCAAGGAAGGACUGUGGCCACACCGGUCUGUUUCUGCGGUGGCUUGGUCUCCCCAUGCGCUAUUUGCGGUACAGGAAAGGUCUAGGAAGGGUAAAUUUUUUGAACCUUUUGAGAGCUCCAGAUGGGUAGAUCUGCAAGAUUAAAAGGCACUGACUUGAAA